UGAACAUAGUGGUGGUAGGAGAUAAGGGAAUAAUUCCCAAUCAUUUGUCUUACAUGUUUUCUAGAAGAAGAAAGUUACUUUCAUUUUGUCAACAGUCGAAACUUUGAAUUCGUAGGAUACGGUUCUAAUAUCAAAAGACCACUUAAAUCCUUUUUUUUUUUUCUCUCUUUCAGAUCGCUUGGAGAGAUUAUAGUGCAACUAAUAUAGUGUUGUAGUAGUAGAAAAAUUUGUAUUAUAAUCGAUAAUCAUGGUGGUCGAUAAAUUAAUAAACGAUACAUCCAAUUUUAUUACAAAAGAUAAUAUAUUGAAGGGCAUAGAAAAACCUGUAUCCUUGGAAUAUACAAACAUCGGAAAGUUGUUGUUGGAUCGAAUGAAGGCUAAACCCGACUUUGUCGGUCAGAUUGAUGUGAUUACCGAGGAGACGUAUACUUUUGCUGAAAUGUUUGAUCGUACUGUCAAAUGUGCUCUAUGGUUACGUCAGGAAGGAAUCAAAGCUAAUGACGUGGUCGCCGUUUGCAGUUCGAAUAUUAUGGACAGUUUUACACCAAUUUUUGCUAGUUUCAGUCUGGCAGCAAUUUCUACUCCUUGGAACACUGAAAUGGAUAUAAGAGAGGCACGUUUUUUCAUGAAAUUAUCCAAUCCAAAAGUCGUUUUUACGGAAGAAAGCUUGGUUGACACAUUAAUCGAGGCAGCGAAACUCGAGAAUCACGAUAUCAAGAUUGUUGUCUUUGGUAAGACUUCGAAUGCUAUUCCUUUUUCGAAGGUACUUGAGGAUCAUAAGAAAUCCGACGUGGAUAAUUUUGAAUGUAGUCCAGUCGAUAACGUUUACGAUACAGCGAUAAUCGCUUACUCAUCCGGUACGACUGGACUUCCUAAAGGAGUACAAAUUUCCCAUUACGCUUGUUUGUAUCAAGCUGUCUUUGCCGAAAAUACAAAAAUUUGUAAUAUUCGAUUAUGGAUGACACCGUACUUUUGGAUCACUGGUAUAUUGUUAACGUUGAAAUCCACGAUUAAUUAUUACAAAAGGCUCCUUUAUCCUAAAUUCGAAGAGGAGAUGAUGUGUAAAAUCAUAGAAAAGUAUAAGGUGACAUGGCUGCUUCUAUCACCUAGCAUGGCGAAUAGAAUAAUGAAAUCAGGAUAUCUUAAAAAGUACGACUUAUCUACCAUUGAAAAUAUCUUUAUAACUGGUGGUAUAUUUAACGCGGAAAGUCAAAGAACGCUUAAGGAAUACUUGAUUAAUGCAACGAUAACGCAACUGUACGGAUCGACGGAAAUGUGUAAUUCUAUGACGGUUCAAAAGCCAUAUCACAAAUUCGAGUCGAUUGGUACGGUAUCUAAGAACGUUCAAGUAAAGAUCAUCGAUGUAGAAACCGGAAAUACAUUGGGUCCAAAUAAGACUGGUGAACUUUUAGGAAAAUCGCUAAUAAUGACCAAGGGUUAUUAUAAUAAUCCAGAGGCGACGAAAGAGGCGAUCGAUGCUGAUGGAUGGUUUCAUACCGGUGAUCUCGCCUAUUACGAUGAGAAAGGCCAAUUUUUCUUUGUUGAUAGACUGAAAGAAAUGAUAAAGUACAGAGGUUAUCAAGUUUCGCCUUGCGAGAUUGAGAAUCUCUUGCAAACUCAUCCCGACGUCGUCGAGACUGCGGUUGUGGGUGUUCCUAAUCUGCAGGACGAUGAGCAUCCCAUCGCUUUUGUUAUCAAAGUUCCCGGUUCGAAGGUAACCGAACGAGAACUUCAAGAAUUGGUGGCGAAAAAUAUGACUGAACGUAAUCAUCUACGGGCGGGUGUGAUAUUUUUAGAAAAAAUGCCUUAUACACCCUCUGAAAAAAUAUCCAGAAGAGAGCUCAAAGCCAUCGCUAAAAGACACUUAUCUAUACAAUAAUAUCGUUAUAAUGUUUAACGUGAGAUUGAAUUUGGCGAAAAUGACCUUAAUUUUGCAAGGGCAGCAAAAAGGAUAACUAUAUAUUAAAAUGCGUUCGUGUUCUUUUUUCUUUUUUUUUUUUUUUUUUUUUUUUUUUUUUUUUCAAGUACAAAGAACGCAAGAGAAACGGAAUAUGGGAGAAAAAAGGAAUAAAGAAUAAAGGAAGCGAUCAUCGAUAUCUUAUAGUCAAAUCUAUGCUAAUUUUCAGACGAAUUACGCUACGUCAUAUUAACAUAAUGUAGUUUGUACUGGAAUAUUUACACUAACGAUAUUUAUGCAUUACAUCAAGUUUUCUUUUUUUCUUCGUUGGCUCAUUUAUAACCUCGUGCAGCCACUUCUUUGAACAUAGCUACCAAAGAGUCCAUAAUUUCUUCUCCCGUGGGAAUGAUUUGAUUUGCCGGAAGUAAAAAACCGUAUUUUCCGGUAUCACGCAAUUCAUAGGUAUAGGCGAUUUCUUUGCGCAAACUUCCUUUGAUCCAAUCUACGCUACUUCCGGUAGCGACGUCUAUAAAUGACAAGAAUAAUGUUAAGAUUAAAUACAGAAUGAAAUACAAGAAAAUGAAAAAUUGAAAAAAAUUUCUUCUCGCACUUACAUAUAGUUUCGGCAACAUUUCCAGUACGAUAAGAGGUUCCAUACCUUUUAGCAAGCGCAUUUAUCGACUUUUUACCGACCGCCAGCUGUUAUACAGAAAAGAAGAAAAUGAGAAAAUCGAAAAAGAAGAGAAGAGAAGAAAAGAAAUAAACAAUCGUCGGAUUAUAUUAUCUCUCUUUUUAAUAAUUGUGCUCAACAAAGAAAAAAGAAAGAAAAAGUUUUGUUACCAAGUCGUUGUAAUUUUCAAGAUGUUCCUUCGUGUGACCGUAAGGGAAGAGUAAUAAUUGCGAGUAACUAUGAAAAGAGAUGAACGCGAAGAACUUGUCAGAUAUCGAUUGUAAGUAUUGGGACAGACUCUUUGUUUCGAUUUCCGAGAAUGCGGAACUUCCGGCGUAUGUCUCCGAGCAAGGAUUUGAACUGGAGCCACCGGCUAAAAAAAAAUGAUAAGUUAAAUGAUUAAAUAUUCCUUCGUUUUCGUUCUUAGGAAUUAAAUUUCUUUUUAUAUUAACUGUUCCAUCUGUAUCCCCAGUUUCUGUUUGGAUCGGAACCGUAGCAGAAGAACGAGUAAGGUUUGCGCGUUUUUCUCCACAAACGAUUCUGCAAAACAAAUUUAAAAUGUAUUAAUAAUUCAAUCUAAAUUCAUUGCAAUAUCUUAUAUUACGAUAUAAAUUGCACAUGUAAAUAACGUACCUUUGUAUACGUGUAGGCAUAACCAUCGGGAUUGACGCUCGGGAAGAUAUACCAGUCAUGUGCUUUGGCAAGUGAACUAAUUUCUGGAUCAGCACUGUUCAACAAACGAUCGAUAAUAUACAAAACGGUGGCAGGUGAUAUCCACUCUCUCGCGUGAAUUCCACCCUCAAUUACUAUGCCAGAUUUGUUUCGGCCGAAACUCAAUUUCACUCCUUUGAUUUGACGACCCUCAUAACUUGAUCCACCUAUAAUGACCUUGACGUUGUCAGGAUAAUCUUCGGCGAGAUCGUCCAAAUGUGCGUAAAUUUCAUCGAUCGUGUGAUACGUGUUAAGGCUAAAGCCAUCUAAACUGGCUAAUUGUCCCUUCGGCAUCUCGGAAUCGAUCAAGUCUUGAACGUUAUCGAUGAAUUUCUUGUAGGUUGUACCAAGAACAUUCAUCAGAUCGAAGAAAUCUGCUAACUUGUUUGGUGCUACCAUGAUGUCCACAGUCAUGUUCACCGUAGAUGAUGUUUUCCAAAGUGAGAACUAUAGAGAGAAAAAAGGAAAGAUAUUAUUUUCAAAUAUUGAAAUCGAACUACAAUUUUUACCGAUCUAUUUUAACGAUCUAAAAUUAACUUACGCCAUCGUAAUCCUCGAUCUGAUUAAGAAUUUCCAAUUGUGAUUCCGUUGAUGGAAGAACACUGAAGACUUGGUAAUUUUCGAAGGACGCCUUUUGGGCUGCCACCAAGGCGACCAACGACAGAAUAAGGAGUUUAUACAUGAUUGAAAGUUCUGUGAAAAGAAAGAAAGAAAGAAAGAAAAAAAGUAAAGAAAUGAUAAGAUUAAUAACGUUGUUCGUGGAUUUAUACAAAUUAGUUUUAAAGGAAGAAUCAUGAAACAAUUCGUUUUUGUCUUACCCACUUUGAGAACUAAUCAAGUCUGUGUCUGUUCGAUAAUCUGACCUGCUAUUUAAACCAAGAGAAACACCUGCACACGGCACCAAGAUAUAUAUCGGUGAUCAUUCUUUUGUACUUCAUUUAAAAAAUUACAUCGAUCGAUUUGUGGAUCUUCUCUUAUCAUUCGCGCGGUUUCUAGAACGAAUUAUUUAUCUAGUCGAUUGGAACAAUCGAGGAAGAAUUAUCCAUAAUCCAAUUGAUGGAUGAUUGUGAUUUUUAAGGUCAACAUAAUAAAAUUUCUUUCAAUAUCGAUCAAUACCAUAAAUUUAAGACUACGAAAUCAUAAGAUUUUUCUUCCUUAUUAUUUACUUUAGUUUGACUUCACUUUUGAUUAGAUUUAAGCAAGAAGAGUAUAUAUUCGUUCUUUUAUUUCUUUUUCUUUCGUCAUUCAUUUUUCUCCCCUGUUUUCUUUUUUUUUUUUUUCUAUCUUUUUUGUUACGAGAAUAAAAAGACGAGAAUAGAAAGAAUAAAAAGAAAAUGGAGUAUGUAUAGUUAGCCGAGUAUGUAUUUUCCGUCGUUAAUAUUGUUAUCGGUCAUUAAAAAAAAAAAAAACUCGUCGCAUUGAUGAUCGAUCGACUUUUUUUUCUUACAAUGUCGUUAGUUAAUUACUUUCUAAUCUAUUGAAAAGAUUUCUAUUUAUUUUAAACGUGAUUACUUAUCACACACACAGAUUGACGAUUCUUCAUGUGAUUCUUCGGUUGGAGAAAAUCUUAAUUGGUAAUGAAAAUUUACCGAAUAAAAUAAUUUCUUUGGAAGAAUCAAAUAAAACGGAUUAAUUAGAAAUAUUCAGGUCAUGUUAUUCUUGAUAACGCAUUUCGUGGAUAUAUAACGACCGAUAUAAAUCUAUAAGAUUAUUACGAAUAAUUCAAUCGGAAGAGUGGAUGAUACGAUAUUUUAUUAUACUUGCAAAUAAAUCAACGUAUAUUAAAAUGAAAUCUAUUUAUUAUUAGAUAUACAAAGUAUUUUAGUUCAUUUUUUAAUUAAAUCCGUUUCUUAAUUAAGGCCACUUAUCUUACCACUCGAUUUUAUAAUCAGAACAGCUCGAUAAUAUUUUAACAGUCGACGAUCGAUGAUGCCAUUAUUUACAUUUUGCUUUUAUACACAUAAUAUUAUUGUUGAUAUUCACAUAAUUUUUUGUUACUCAUAAUAUAUCAUUGAUAAUAUUAUAAAAGUGAUAAACUUAAUAAAUGCGAUAUUAAGUGUAAAAGAAAAUUUAUAAAUAAAAUUU